CCCAUUUCACUGUUUAUCCACUGUUGGCAACACACUUCCUUGCUUUGGUACUGACUGCUCCGGACAGGUGACCACAGGUGACCGAGGGGAAAGAAAGGAAGUUGCUAAAAACUGGCGUGUGGGGUUAUGUGUGAAUAGAGCAUUAUGUCUGACAUUAAUCUCAGCUUAAUUGACAUUAAUAAAUUCGUUCCGUGAAUUCAGAAUAUUUCGUUUGAGAGUGAAUGUAAAUGCUUGAGACACAAUGGGUGAUGUAGGGCAUUCUGUUCGCCUAAAGAAUUUGGCAAAAAAGACAGGUUUACCUAGACAUGUUAAGGAUAUGAGCAAAGAACAACUUCAAGCAACAAUUCAGAAGAAAAGAGAAUGUAAUGCUAAAGCAUUGACAAUAGUAGAACAUAUGCUUGAAGUUAAUAUUGAUGAAGAAUGGUUUUUGCAGCAGGUUGUACCUGGACAUAAUAUUAAUUCCAUCACUUGGAAUUUAUGGAAUUGUCCUGCUUUACAGUUGAAAUUCAUUGAUGUGGGACAUUUUCAAGAUAUCAUUGAAGAAAGAGCAUUGAGUAAACAGUGUGGUUACCCACUCUGUGGAGAAACUUUAAAGAGCACUCCAAACCAACAGUUUCGUAUAUCAACAAAAUACAAUAAAGUAUACGACAUUACUGAGCGAAAGAAUUUUUGUAGUAACCAGUGUUACAAAGCUGGCAAAUAUGUUAAAGACCAACUUUUGACCAGUCCUUUAUGGUUACGGGAAAAAGAUGAUGUUCCUGCCUUCAAGUUACUGCCUUUAGAUUUUGUGCGAAUUUCCAGUCCUGUACAAAUCGGUGAUGGGGAAGAAGUUGACUUUGGGCAAACCAGUGAUCUGAAGUCUGAAGUCACUAGAUUAAGUAAUGAUGAAAAAUUUAUUUCUGUAGCAGAUUAUACACAAGAUUCAAUUUCUCAGUUAUCAAGAAGAAUCAGUGAUGUAGAAAUUAAGGAAAACGGUAAACCAGUGAACUCUAGUGCAAAUGUUAAAGAAAGUGCUGGGGGAAAAUUAGAAACAGAGUUGGAAAGUAAAGCACAAGAAAAAUGUACAUCUGCUCCUGAAGAACAGAGAGAACAGGUAAUCAAAGAAAAGACAGAUGCUGAAAAUGCUAAUGCAACAUUACAAAACAAAGAGAAAAAUAGAAUUAAAAAGAAUUAUAAUAGACAACAAGGCACCAUUAAUCUAAAAGGAGAAUCAUCUAAGGACAAGGCUAUUGAUAAAGAAUGCAAAAAUGAAAGUAAAAAUCAUAUAGAUGAAAAAAUAAAAUACCCUCAAGAAAAUGAAAAUAAUCAAAGUAAAUCCAUGAAAACCGAUGAAUACCCUGAAGUUACAAGUUCUAUUAUUCAUGUAGAGAAAUGUUUACACGAGUGGUUUACAAUUGAAACAAUGUGCUUUUUGUUUGGUGAUGAAAAGGUUAAAGAAUUAAUAAGUGAUAAAGGUGAAUGCAUUAAGGAAUAUUACAAAGCUGUAGGAAAGUCAUCAUGGGAUCCAAUUAUUCAAGAACGUUAUGAAGCCCUUUGUAGAAAACUAAAUAUAAUGGAAAUAAAAGAACAGCAGUUGGAAAAGGAAGAUAGGCAAUUGAAGCCACUACCUGACUACUCUGUAUUAAAAGAAGAAAAUCUUAAAAUGGAGAUAAAAAUCAAAGCUUUUUACCAAGGUAAACUGGACUAUGAAAUACCAGAAUCGGUCAAUAAAGAAGAAAAGGAAUCUUUCACUCCCAGUUGUGUCUUACCUCUGGUUGACAUUCAUGCCCAGAAUGCUUUACGCCGCAGAAUGGUUUUUGAUAAUCUGAAAAGAGUAUUGCCUGACCUAUUUUGCACCUUUGGUAUGUCAUCUCAAGAUAUUAGUUCUGAAGUGCGUGGUUUAGUGGGUUCCUUCCGUCUCAGUGCUCAUAACAUCACCUUUAGUCCACCUGAGUGGAAUCUGCUUGGAUUGAUCAUUAUUAAAAUGUUGUCCAUCAAGGACAUGCGCCUAAAAAUGAUUUUGGAGAUACCCCAAGGUGUCAAAUAUCAAACAAUGCUGCUAAUGACCUUCCAACAAGAUGGAGGUUACUUGGAUCGUCUGAUGGUGUGGCUUACUGAUAUGGACAAUAUAAUGAAGAAAUUUUGAGCUAAAUGCUUGUUAGCUAUAGGAGAAAUAACCCUAAAAUAUUUAUAAUUGUGUUUGUACAUAUUGUAAUAAAUACUCAAUUUUCUGGUAAAACCCAGAGAUUUUAUGAGUUGUUCUUUCUUUUGAGAAUCCAUUCAAAAAUAGAAGAAUGUGUAUAAGAUUUCGAUUAUUUCUAGGGGUGCUCUAGGUGAAGUGUCUGGCUGAUGACAUUUCCUUCGAAAUAAAGAAAUUUAAAUAUAAGUUGUUUCCUUUUUUUAUUUGUGCAUUUACAAUUAUCUCCAAUGCAAGAUAUUGAACUCAAUAAAGAAUUUUUAAUACCUUGCUUUUCACUGGAGACAUACAUUACAAUGAAUCAAUUUGAAAUUCAAAUAAAAUUGUAAAUCUAUUUUUAGUUGGAGAGCUUAUUUCAUUCUUCAUAUGUCACUAUUUUUGCCAUCUUAACAAAUGUACAUAUUCCUGGGCUGUUCUGCCAACCUUCGUAAUGUAAGUAGAUAUUAGUAUUCAGUGUUGUCAACAUUAAUAUUACACGCAUAUCUGUACUAAUAGCAGAACAUGAACUGGACAAGUUUAUAGAAUAUUGUGGGAAAUGAAGCAUCCAGUGUGCACUGGUGUCGUAAACAACGGCUCGUUCCCACUCAAAUGCCAUGUCUGGAUUGUCACUAUUGGGAACAGAGGAAAGGGAUUUGGUGACAUCUUGUGCCAAAAGAAUUGUCAAAGGGUGAAAAUUGUAGCAACAAGAAGUACGAUUUUUGCAGAUGUGAAAUUAACUGUGGAACAAGCUCUUUGGAUAAUGUAUUGCUUCACAUAUAAAUAUUCCUACGAAGAUACUGUGAUUCAGUGUUCCGACAAAUGGAAAACAUUGUCACACAAGACUGUUGCGGAGUGGUAAUCAUUUCUGCGUGAUGGCUAUGGAUGCUAUGGACCGAAGAUAUUUGUAAACCCAGAGAAUAGGUGGACCUAACUUGGUCAUAGAAAUUGACAAGUGUAAAAUCGUCCCUCGAAAGAAUAAGAGGUCGUGAAGGGUAGAGUAUCUGGGUGCUUGGCAUCAUUGAAGCGAGAUUGCAGAUUUGCCCUGUAAAUAGAAGGGAUUCUAAUACGUUUUUGUCCAUGAUUCAACAUCAUGUGCAACCUCACACAACUGUUAUCACCGAUAUGAGGAGGGCAUACCAAGGUCUGGGUUCAUAGGCUUCCGCAGCCGGAGUCAAUGCAUUCUUGGCUAUCCGGGAUGAGUGCUCAGCAGUAUAGCUCUGAAGA